ACCAAUAGGAGGCGCUGCUGUUGCGAAUUCUACGCGGCGCGGUCUCGGCGCCGCCAUGGCGGACUUGCGUGAAGUCGCCGACCUUCUGUGGGGCUCUGGCGGGGCCAGGGUUGCAGACGCUGUGUUUCGGAGGUGGACGCAAGGUUUCGUGUUCAGCGAAGAUGAGCCCACUGCAUUGGAGCAGUUUGAAGGGGGACCAUGUGCGGUCAUCGUCCCUGUGCAGGCAUUUCUGCUGAAGAAUGCACUUUUUGGCAGCGAGAACAUUAACUGGAAAGAGUGUUCAGAGGAUGAGCGGCGACUACUCCUGUGCCACGGACUGUGCGAGAUCCUGGAGAAGGCUCAACCUCCACAUGCUUCCUCCCUCUGCCUGGUUCGCUGGGCGAAGGGCAAGGAGCAGCUGCCGGGGGAGGAUGAUGAACAGGAUCAGGGAGCACCCAACAGUGCCCCUAGUACACGUGGCCCCAGUUCAGCCGCACACACUGAUGACCCUUCAUCGGAUGAAAUCACCUUUGAGCGAUUUCACAACCUUAUACACAGGGAAUGUGUUGCUAAUCCAAGUGAGUUGCGAGCUGCCGUCACAGAGCUGGUCCCUGACCUCAUGGGUAACUUUGGUGUCCUACUUUUCCUCUACUCGCUCAUUCUCACCAAGGGAAUAGAGAAUAUCAAGAAUGAGACCGAAGAUCCAAACAUACCUCUGAUUGACCCUACUUAUGGCCAUGGCAGCCAGAGUCUAAUAAACUUGUUACUGACUGGUCAGGCCGUGUCCAACGUCUGGGACGGAGAGAAGGAAUGCUCUGGCAUGAGACUCUUUGGAAUGCGUGAGCAAGCCACCAUUGGCUUUCUCACACUCAUGGAAUCAUUCCGCCUUUGCCAGGUUGGGAGCUUUCUUAAGUCACCUCAAGUCCCCAUUUGGGUGUUGGGAAGUGAGACUCACUUGACCAUCUUCUUCACAAAGGAAUUGUCCGUGGUCGCGUCCGAGUCACCCACUGAACAUGCGCGCAGGGUCUUCAAGAGCUUUGACCCGGAAGACAAUGGCUUCAUCCUGGACUCUAUGCUUGAGGAUCUUAUGAAAACCCUGGAUCUCUUUGCCGACCCUGAGUAUGUCAACAUUAUGAAGACAAAGCUGGACCCUGAGGGCCUGGGGCUGAUACUACUGGGUCCAUUUAUCUUGGAGUUCUUUCCAGAGCAGGAAGUGAAUAUUCCUGAGUCAUUUACAGUUUACCACUACAAUGGUCUGCGGCACUCUUGUCCCAAGGAGAAGGUGAGCUACACGGAGGGCACGGCCAUGGUGAUGGGCUUCCAUGAGGCCGGCCUCUCCACAGACGACACGCCCGUCAAGAGCUGCCUGCAGACCAAGUGGCCUUAUCUCGAGCUGCUCUGGUCCACAGCCCGGGCACCCUCGUUAAACUAACCAGUGUGUAUGUGUGUGUGGCCCAGUGAGUUUUCAAGCAUUAAAGCAGUAUUUGAAGUGGGUUUCCCUACCUAGAAGUGACCUUGGACAGCUCUAACUUUAGGAGAAGUGCAGGAAGGUACUGUUUAUUCCACUAAGAUUUUGAUUUGGAAUUUUUCACCAGUUGAUAUUGGCAAAAACAAAGCAUUCGGCACAGAGUAAGGCAUUUUGAAAUCCCCUGUGACAAUAUAACCUUACGGUAAGCUGUGUUACAACCAUCAAGUGGCAUUGCAGGUCUUCAUUCAGUGAUCUUCAAUGGUCUGUCUUGUACAACCCUAAUAUUCUUUCUUGUGCUGUGCAAAAGUCUAAGCUGAGACCAUCAAAACCACACGUGAGAACCUGAGGGGGCCUCAGGAUUUUAUCCCAGGAUUCCAGGAGUACUAGCUAAGCAAUGUCACAUGGUAAUAGUGUUAACUUCCAAAUCACCCAUCAACAUCAGUAAAAUGUCUUGAAUUAUAAAUGAAAACAAACAAAAAUGUGCGUAAAUGCACAUGCUUGACCUCACUAAUGCUAUUAACCCACUUUAUUUACUGCUUAUGAUGGACAGAACAUAUGGACGCGCUUGGUAAAUAUCCCACUCCCUCCACGAUAGCAGAUCAGCCUCCGUGUCAGGCCAUCACUGUGGCCUUGACACACGUGUUCAGUCCCUUGUCCGCUCCCAGCAUCACCCACUACCUCAUGGGCAGGGUUCAGGUGAUUGGGAUAAUUAUGCCCUCCAUUUGAAGGCACACAAACGUAGCACCUUCUUGAUAAGUAGUGAAACAAUAUUCCAGUUGUUUAAGACCACCUGUGGCUUCAAUAUUUAUUUAGAGGUUUUUUUUGGAACAUUUUGCUUUAAUCAGAAAAAAAAAUAUUACCAGGACUAUUGAAAAUUUUAAGGGAUUAUUUUCAGUUUUUAUGUGUACAUGUAUUUUUUUGAUUGACACUACACUGAUGAAAUUGCUGCCACUGUCCACCACACUACCUAUCCAUCUUAGCCUGGAAAUUAACAAUCAUUUUUAAACAUAGCCAAAAAACAAGGUAAUUACAUGUUUUGAAAACAAAUCUUCAAUACCAGUUUAGCGUAAAACAAAAUAAGUUGCUUGCAAAUGCUUCACCCCUUCAUCAAGAGUAAGCCUUUUAUGUUGCAGUUAAUUUAAACUGUACCAACACACUUUGUCUUAGCCUGUGCAUUUUGUGCAUGUUAGGCAUGCAUAUAGGUUAAGCUAUUUACACCCAUAAACCUGUUAAUACAUACCCCUUUUUUAAAUUAACGGACCAUUUUAGUAAAGCGUAUUUCCGAGUUGCAUUGCAGUCCGUUUAACUAGAGACGCCUUGUUCUGUGUGCCACGUGUGCAACGGAAAUGAGGCCUUGCGUACAAGUGUCGUGCGUUAACCCAAAGUGGCUUAUAUUAUAUUUGAACGUCAUUGGGAUGCUACCCCACGUGGGGUUGGUCGAAAGUGUUGUGUGAGAAGCACAAGUGCUCGUCAUGCAUAUCGACUUGGGAUCAAGCCAUAGGCACAGCCCAGGAGAUGUGUUGCAACAACACGCUCACCCACAGUGAGAUUGCACAUCGCUGUGGUCUGCUGAGGGGGUCAAGCAUUGGCUUCUCUGUUGUAAUUAUUCCACGUGCUGUUGACGCAUUCACGUAUACCUUGAAUAUUCCAUGUGCAUUCCCCUUUGUGAUUUGAUGUAUUUAUAUAUGUGUGUGUUAAGGAAGGAGCAAUUGUAAUCCGUAUCAAAAACUAAAAGAACAAGAAAACCAGUAAGCAAGCUAUCGGAUGUUUUUUUAUUUGUUUGUUAACAGCAAGUAGUCAAUAGGCUGCUGACGUCUUGUACAAAUAUGGACCACACCGUGAAUUCAGUAGCUUAUCAAACAAACCAGCAGUGAUUGCAAUGUUGGACCGUUUUAUGAGUCCAGUUCUCCUUUGUGCUUUCGAAGAGGCACACUAUCACCCAAUGAACACGUGGUGUUGUGUAUUCAGUGAAAUCAACUAUGCCUUUGCCUGCCUUUCGCUUCUGGCAUGGCCCAGGUGUAUUUUUAUUUAACGUAAUUGGCUUUAGCAGCUGUAAAAUGGAAUGUGGUGGUGUGUGGUGGUGUAUGGCGAUUCAGAGUUACAAAUCCUUACUUUAAUGACUGUCAUCAGUAAAAUAUGAGAAGCAUUUUGGGAUAGCAUAACACUUCACUGAAACACCCAUUGAAUAAGAAACUGGUUUAAUAAGGCGUUAUAUGUUGAGUUUGUCAAUGGAUGUUUUGCUUUAAUUUAAGCAAGUAUUAGUUUAUACACAUACAUUUAUUAAUAACAAUGCAAUGGAAGGUAUUUCAAGUGAUUUGAGAAUAGUGGCCCAAUGUAUGUGUUUACACGCAUUUGACAGCUACAGAGUUGAUGCAUAUUCUAAAAUUACACUUUGUGCAUUAAUUUGAAUUUCAGGCCAUUAUAAAAUAAGAUCGGCAGGUACAUAGUUUUAAAAUCAGGGGUGGGGAACGUCCGGCCCGCGGGCCGUACAAGGCCCACAAAAUCAUUUGGUGUGGCCCUGCCAAGGCAACUGCAGGCGGGACUCGAAAUUCAAUAAAUCUAGGAGCAAACCUGGAAAAGCAGUUGCGUGUAGCAACAUUAUCAACACCAGCUAACAUCACACGCCUCGCCAAAGACAAGCAGUUCCAGCCAUCGCAUUAGGGGUGAGUUAAUUAAAUGUUUGACCAAAUUUAACGGGCUAAUUUUUAAGUUGAUAAUUUUGUAUGGCCCGCGAAUGAUGUUAUAAAUAUAUCAAUGGCACUUGGCAGAAAAAGGUUCCCCGCCCUUGUUUUAAAUGCUUAAACAAUGCUUUCGUUACAAUGUGUCGCACAGCAAUAGAGGUUAACAGAAAGUGUGUGUGCAGUCAUCUCAUUUGAGCAUAUUAAGCUGCAGCCUUCGUUUUUUCACCAAUAAACCAUACAUGUUUUGUGACCAGCACUGAUUUGAGUAUUGUUCUCCCCCAGGCUUAACUCUUAACACAUUUUUUGUUUAAGCAGAACAGAUGUUGACCCUAUUAUGAAUAAUUUGAGAGGCACAGUGUAUAUCAUCAAAGCCUUGAUAAACAAGCAGUCUCGUUUGCUCGCAAUUUUUUUUCAAUCUGCAAAUCAAUCAUCUACAUUUCGCUGAGCACAUAUGAACGACUCGAAGUCUCCCUGCUCUUAAAACGAGCGAUGCGGUGGUGGGUCAUCUCCAUUGGUUGCUUUGAGCUCCUGGUGUAAGUUCCACAUUUCCUUGGUGGGGGGCAGUCUCAAGGACACCGUAAAAUUAAAUUAAUAUUAAAUAAGUAUGAGCUCGUCAUCCAGGAAAUGUGUUUAACAUUGCUCAGAAGGAUGCAACCAGAAUUAGGUACAAGUGUGACUUGCAUCGUCUUAAUUGCUAAUUUAAAUUCCCACAGCGCAUAUAUUUAUCUGUGUUUUAUGUAUAUAUAUUUUUGUCCUUAAAAGUAAUGUGUUUGCACAUGUUUUUCCAUCACAAGUAGAGCAACUUUUGUGUUUAAUAAAAGCAGUGUUCAUGGA